UGUCUCCAGCAGGGGAGGGCGGAGGGGAGUCACAUUUUCACUCUGAACCAAAAAAGGAAGUUUACCUUUCAGCGCCGAGACCCGGUCUUUCCUGGGGGUGUCUCAGACGCCACCUGUGCUAAAGGAGUAAUUGGAGCUCUCAGGUGUUCCAGCCAGGUGACUGAUUUAACAGAAGACACUGUGGCAGCCAAACACGUCCUCCUUAAGGGUGUGAGUUCUGAAGAGCUGGUUUUCAAAUCGUUGCGGCCUCACUCUUCAGGCUCCCACCCUGCCUGGUGUCACCGAGUAGCCGUCUGUGGGCCAUCACAGCUCCCAGAGUGACGCUUUCUUGGGAGAGCACUGGAGGCACUCUGCCUUUGCGGGCUGCCUGGAAGGAGCUGCGACCGCCAGGGCUGGACCCUGGUGCAGUGCUCCACCUCCAGGGCCUCGGCCUCCGCUCGCGGGCGGCCCCUGGGCGCCGUCCAGCUCCGGCAUCUUUGCUCCUGCCGCUUGGUUCGGUGAGCUGGGCAGGCCCUCCCAUGACCAGCUGGACAGGUCAUGGCGUCCAGCUUCUGGGACCUGAGGCUCCAGCAGAGGCAAUGACCACCAGGGACCCUGCCCCAGACCUGUUACAGAGCCCGGACCUUCUUGGGACACGAGCCUGCCCGGGACAGGGAAGCUUCUCUCUUUGAAGAGCUUUGCGUUUGUAACAAAGGAAGUCAAGAUGACGACUUCAUCCAUCAGGCGGCAGAUGAAAAACAUUGUGAACAAUUACUCGGAAGCCGAGGUAAAAGUCCGGGAAGCCACCUCCAAUGACCCGUGGGGCCCGUCCAGCUCGCUGAUGACUGAGAUCGCGGACCUGACCUACAACGUGGUGGCCUUCUCGGAGAUCAUGAGCAUGGUGUGGCGGCGGCUCAACGACCACGGCCGGAACUGGCGGCACGUGUACAAGGCGCUGACGCUGCUCGACUACCUCGUCAAGACGGGCUCUGAGCGCGUGGCCCAGCAGUGCCGCGAGAACAUCUUCGCCAUCCAGACCCUGAAGGACUUCCAGUAUGUCGACCGCGACGGCAAGGACCAGGGCAUCAACGUGCGUGAGAAGUCCAAGCAGCUGGUUGCGCUGCUCAAGGACGAGGAGCGGCUGAAGGCUGAGCGGGCCCAGGCCCUCAAGACCAAGGAACGCAUGGCCCAGGUGGCCACCAGCAUGGGCAGCAACCAGAUCUCCUUCGGCCGAGGCUCCAGCCAGCCCAACCUCUCCACCAGCUACUCAGAGCAGGAGUACGGCAAGGCUGGGGGGUCGCCCGCCUCCUACCACGGCUCGCCUGAGGCCUCGCUGUGUCCCCAGCACCGCACGGGGGCCCCGCUGGGUCAGAGCGAGGAGCUGCAGUCGCUGAGCCAGCGCCACCCCUUCCUGCUGCACCCGGGGCCGGCCUCCCGCCCAAAUGGCGACGGGUCCCAGCCCUGCCUCACUUGUGACCGCGCAGCCCGAGCCACCUCCCCGCGGGUGUCCUCCGAGCUGGAGCAGGCCCGGCCGCAGACGAGCGGAGAAGAGGAGCUGCAGCUGCAGCUGGCGCUGGCCAUGAGCAGAGAGGUGGCCGAGCAGGAAGAGCGCCUCCGGCGGGGUGAUGACCUCAGGCUGCAGAUGGCCCUGGAGGAAAGCCGCAGGGACACCGUCAAAGUUCCAAAAAAGAGAGAGCACGGCUCCCACCCACAGCAGCCCACACUGUUGGAUCUGAUGGACGCCCUGCCCGGCUCGGGCCCUGCUGUGCAGAAGGCAGAGCCCUGGGGCCCAUCCACCUCAGCUAACCAGACCAACCCCUGGGGUGGGCCGGCAGCCGCAGCCAGCACUUCGGACCCCUGGCCAUCGUUCGGUGCCAAGCCAGCCGCCUCCAUCGACCCGUGGGGGGUGCCCACUGGAGCCAGCACGCACUCCGCCUCCAAGAGCUCGGACCCCUGGGCAGCCCCGCAGCAGCCCGCUUCCAGUGCCGGGAAGACCACCGACGCCUGGGCCGCAGCCGCGGCCGCCAAGCCCGCAGCCUCCUCUGGGGCCUUUGAUCUCUUCAGUAAUUUGAAUGGUACAAUUAAAGACGACUUUUCUGAGUUUGACAACCUCCGAGCUUCAAAAAAAUCAGCCAAGGCGGCCUCUCCGCCCUCCCGGAACAGUGGGACUACCAGCCCUGACCCCUUUGAGUCUCAGCCCCAGACUGUCGCCUCAAGCAAGCCCAGUGGCGCCCGGAAAACCCCCGAGUCCUUCCUGGGCCCCAACGCGGCCCUGGUGAACCUGGACUCGCUGGUGACCAGGCCAGCCCCGCCAGCUCAGUCCCUCAACCCUUUCCUGCCUCCAGGUGCAGCCGCGGCCGCCACCCCGGUCAACCCCUUCCAGGUGAACCAGCCCCAGCCGCUGACGCUGAACCAGCUGCGGGGGAGCCCGGUUCUGGGGAGCAGCGCGUCCUUCGGGCCCAGCCCAGGUGUGGAGCCCAUGGCCUCCGUGACGUCCACGGCUUCACACCCCGCCUUGGGGGUCAGCGGUUCCUCCCUGACGCCCCUGGGCCCCGCCACGAUGAACAUGGUGGGCGGCCUGGGCGGCCCCCCGUCGGCAGCCCCAGCUACUGGCACCACCAACCCCUUCCUCCUCUAGUGCCCGCCUGGACCCACCGCAGAGCAUCUGUGCCAAGGACACCAGGCGGGGACCUUGUCUGUGGAAUGGGGUCCGAGAGUGGGGGGUUAGCGCUUUCCGGUCUAGCUUCUUUUGAUAAAAGGGUGUCUUUGCAGCCCGACCCUCAGACGAGCGGUGGUGGGCUUACUGAGACGUCGGACAGCACGCGGGCGGGUCUCCGAGCCUCCCAGGGGGCCCCUGACCCAGCCUGGCCGCCACCCCAGUGCGGCUGGGCUCCCUGGGUCCUUGGACGAGGAGGCGGGAGUGCUCAGUGCCGGCCCAGCCCCAGCCCAGGGUCCUGGGACACCACCCGCCUAGGAUUUGGCUCCCACCCCCACCCCCAGUGACACCCUAGACCGCCCCAGGUGUGGACGGGAGGUGCGCUGGCUCCCUGACAUUGACCUUCCGGGGGGCAGUUGUGCACAUUUACUUCUCCUUGACUCAUGUGUGAGUCCAGAGUAAACGUCACCACCGUGGAGCAACUCCUGAAUUAAACCCACUAGAGCGAGCUUUAAACUAACCUGAGCAUAGCCCUGCCACGUGCUCUAUGCUUGUACACGUUUGCACAUAUUUUGUUUAGGACAGUUUCAUAUUUGAGUUUGCAGAAUUAUCUAAUAGUCUUUUUUUGGCUAAUAUUUUUAUAACGUGGUUCUUAUUUAACUGUCUAGUUUUGAUAGAAUUUACCAGGUCAGGCUGAAUGAAGAUACUGGCACAUGUCAUGUUAGUGGUUUAAAUUCUCUUAUUUAUGGUUUUAACUCUGUAAAAAAAUUUAAAUAGGAAGAGAAAAAAUGCCUUAUGGAAAAACUAAAGCAAAUUCUUUAUAGGAAAAAAUAUGGAAAUUUGAUUACACGUAAAAGAUGAUGUUUAUUUAAAAAAAAAAACAAACACUACAACAGUAACAAAAACUCCAAGCCUCCAGUUGCCUUUUCCUUUAACUCCCUUUUCCGGUGAAUUACCGAACUGAUUGACUUUCAGCCUUUUUGGCUAGAUCCUGUGAGAGAGGUUAUGUUUCUUACGGAUGGACCAACAUCAAGAGAGUUAAAGACGACGCUAACAUCUGAACGCGACUCACCGCUUUUUAUCAGCGAACUCCUCUUUUGUGACCGAAGGCAUGCCCGGUUAACAAGAUUCCGUUCACAGUGGCGAUCUGGAAUGGAAGAGACAUCUGGAACUCUGUCCGCGACCCCGUGCCUCACUCCACACUCAGGGCAGAGCUGGGGACGUGUGCGGUGGCCCUGUCUGGGGGCAGCGGGCUCUGCGGCGUGACUCCAAGGGGUGGCCCCAGGCUGACUGAUGGGGUGAGAGACCCACCCUACCUGCCAACUCCAGACACACGUUGCCACUUAGAAAUAAUCAUCUUAUUUUGGAGAGGAAGUAAAAAAUUUUCACGUAGAAUAGUUUUUAACCAACAUGCAUUAAGACCACCUCUCUCCCCCCUGCUCUCCGCCCCCACCUCUCACUAUAAAAGCAUGAAAUCUCAAAUUAAAGACCAUGAGAAUCUUGCUUCUCCCCAGGGAAGGGACAUCCUUCCCCCCCCCCCCAAGUCGUGUGUCUGGUCAGCUGGCAUGUCAGUCUCACUCUUCUCUGUGUACGCCUCACCUCGAAUGCCAGGGACAGCCAGCACCUGGUGGUUGGUCCCUCCCGGGGGGACGGGCCCUUCUACCCUUCUCUCUGGUUCCAGGAGGCCUGACCCUUAGCACUGGGCACAGGAGCGAUGUCGAAAUGCCAGGCUGCCGAUUCAGAGCUGCCCGCUCAGGCUCCUCUCCCACGCUGCUCCUGGGGCUGCCCUUGCCCAGAGGUCCCGCCCAGCCAUGGGGUGGGCCGGGGGCAAAGUCAUUCGAGGCCGGUCUGGCCUCUCCCAUGGGGGAGGGUGGGGCUGGGCCAGGACACUCGCUCCUGGGGUCAGGGAUUCUUCCUAACAGUCCAGAACCCUUCCUGACAUGACCUUGAGGCCCUGAUGUUACAGCCCACCAGGGCCCACGCCGACUCCCCGCUCCCCCACAGGCCCAGCCCCUGUCACUGUCGCACGUUGCACUGAUCACGGAGCCGCUGGCGCCGCCACGUGUGGGAUGCAGACCGCCAAGCUCCUGCCGCCCGGCACGGUGGUGCAGGCGUGGCCCAGCCGUUCUCUCAGUCCCGGGACAGGUGGCUGGGUUUGGACUUGUGUUGACUAUGAUACUUAUUUACUGUAUAAAUAUAAUUUAUCAUUUGUAUCA